UCCCGGAAACCCGGUUCCGCGCUGCGCCUCCCCGCAGCCCUCGCGGCUCCGGCCGGCUCCUGGGCCCGGAGCCAAAGGGGCGCCCGGGCUGCCGGAGCCCAGCGGGACGUGGAGACAGGCACAUGUGAAGGGCUCGGCUGCAGUGGCAAGAAUUCGAUCUGACGUCCUCCUGAAGGUGUCUCCACUGUGGCUGCGCCGUGCACCGGUCAAGACUAGCAGGCUAGAUGUGGAUUUCCAGUUCCUACCUUGGCUUGUGGACCUAAUAAUUCAUGAAAUGGGAUUGUGAAAACAGGUGCUACCAAGGGCUUCUGCUCAACUGUCACUCUGUGGAUGAUGGGGGACCACCUCAGACCCAUGGAAUUUCUCAAUAUUUGCUUGGAAGACAACCUACAGCCCCAUCCAGAAGCAUAUCCAAGUGAAAUACGUGGCCAUCCGGGCCCUUCUGAACCUUGCCAGGAACAUACUUGGCCAUUUGACCCCCCUGAAUCUGCCAGGCCUGAUGCUCAUCAUGGUAAAUCUGAUGUGGAGCCCAGUCACCUGGGAAACUGCCUGGUGCAUGGGGAGGCCAGCCAGGCCCCAGCAUCACGGAGGUCACUAGAGGACAACAGCUCUCUGGGGAGUCCACAGCAGAACCGGAGCUCAUCCACCCAGGUGGUAUUCUGGGCUGGCAUCCUGCAGGCCCAGAUGUGUGUCCUGGACCUGGAGGAGGAGCUAGAGAAAACAGAGGGACUCAAAGCAGGACUCAGAUGCUGUAUCCCACCGCCCUCUAAGGACUUCCUUGGUGAUGUGGGCCUGAAACCCAGUCGGCCCAAGGAGGAUGAAGACUCUGGGGAUGACAGCAGUGGGUCUGAGGAAGAGAACCAGACCUGGCCAAAGAAGAAAAUGCCAGGCUCCUCCCCUGAGUGGGGUGCUGAGGAGGACAGCAUCUUCUUUGAUAAUCCCCUCUUCCUGGAAAGCCCUUGCUCAGACACCAGCACUGAAGGAGAAUGCUUUUCCUGGGGCUACCCGAAUUCCCACCUAGAUAUGAAGACCUGGCCUCAUAGGCCUCAAACCCUGGAUUCUCCUCUCCAAGAAGGCACAGGGCUCUGGAGGCAAGAAAAUGAUCUGGAUUUGGGGAGCAACACUGCUGACCAUAGUGGGUGCUCCACCCCUCCAUUCCCUGUGCCUUCCUAUAAGAUGCACCCCUGCUUGGCCUUAGGAUCCACUGAAGGAGCUCCCACAGUACCUCCUGAUCAGGUGGGUGAGACUUCUUGGGAAGAUGAUGUUGGCCCUGGCUCACCUGAAGCACCCUCUGUAGACCAUGAAUUGAUCCAGGAAUCAGAUAACUUUGGAUCUGACCUUAGACCUGCCACAACACAUCCUGUACAGCCUUGGGGCUCACAGACACCCCAAAGCCUUUCUGACCUGGCCCCACCCUUACUUGAGGACCUGCAGGAUCCUUCCAGGCCCCAGAAGCCUCUUAUCUCCCAGGACGGAGGUGAGAGGGAUGCUGGCUGUUUCCAGGAGCCCAUGCUCUGCACCUUGGCCCCCUGGGGGAGCCAAGCAUCUUUACUGGAGCCUAGCUGCCCAGAAUCUGGGGGCAGAGGCUCUGGACCCCGGCCCAGUCCUGUGUCUUCUCAGGAGAGCAGUCCACAGGUUCAGCUCCAUAGCCCCAAGUGGCCACAAGAUACCUCACACCCUUCGCUCCUGGAGAAGGAUAAAUCAGAAUUGAGUUCCCUGAAGAAAGAUGAGACAGAGGAAUUCCCAAGCCUGAUGCAGGAGGCAGAGUGUGAAGAUACAUCCAGAAGUGAAGAUGCUUCAGUCACCCAGCACCAUGUUCACUUGGCUUCUGCAGAAGGGCCUCCCGAGAGCCCCAUACCCCCAGAGGAAGGCCGGAGGCCAUCACCAUCUAGAGAGAAGUUGGCUAAUAGCAUCAGAAAUGACGAGGGGGCUUGGAACCUAGCCUUGCGCCUCUAUCAACUCAAUGGUUUUCGGAAGUCCGAAGUGGCUGCACACCUUCGCAAGAACAAUGACUUCAGCAGGGCUGUAGCCGAGGCCUACUUGUCCUUCUUCCAGUUCGAAGGUCAGAGCCUGGACCGAGCCCUCCGUGGUUUCCUCCAGGCCCUGGUGCUCAGUGGAGAGACUCAGGAGCGGGAACGAAUUCUCUACCAAUUUUCCAAACGCUUCCAUUACUGCAAUCCUGGAGCCUUCCCCUCAGUAGAUUCUGUACACACCUUGACCUGUGCAAUUAUGCUCCUUAACACAGACUUACAUGGACAGAACAUUGGAAAGAGCAUGAGCUGUCAGGAAUUUGUAACCAACCUGAAUGGACUGCAGGAUGGUGGAAACUUCCCCAAAGAGCUGCUGAAGGCUCUCUACUGGUCUAUCCGAAGUGAGAAGCUUGAGUGGGCUGUAGAUGAAGAAGAUGCAGCCAGACCUGAGAAAGACCAGCCCUCUCCCUCAGCUGGCAAGAUAAGCAGCCCCUUCCUGCAGUUGGCUCAGGACCCCACGAUGCCCACCUAUAAGCAGGGUAUCCUGGCACGGAAGAUGCAUCAUGAUGCUGAUGGCAAGAAGACACCAUGGGGCAAGCGAGGCUGGAAGAUGUUUCACACCUUACUGAGAGGGAUGGUCCUCUACUUCCUCAAGGGAGAGGGCCAGUGGCUGGACGGGGAGAGUUUGGUUGGACAUAUGAUGGAUGAGCCUGUAGGAGUGCACCACUCGCUAGCCAGCCCAGCCACCCACUACACCAAGAAGCCACAUGUCUUCCAGCUUCGGACUGCAGACUGGCGUCUCUACCUCUUCCAGGCACCCACGGCCAAAGAAAUGGCUUCCUGGAUUGCACGAAUCAACCUGGCGGCUGCCACACACUCAGCACCUCCCUUUCCAGCUGCAGUGGGCUCCCAGCGCAGAUUCGUGAGGCCCAUUCUGCCCAUGGGCCCAGCGCAGAGCUCCCUGGAGGAGCAGCAUCGAUCCCACGAGAACUGCCUGGAUGCUGCCUCAGAUGACCUGUUGGAUUUGCAGAGGAACCUGCCAGAGCGAAGGGGCCGCAGCCGCGAGUUGGAGGAGUACCGCUUACGGAAGGAGUAUCUGGAGCACGAGAAAACUCGAUAUGAGACGUACGUGCAGCUGCUGGUGGCCCGCCUACACUUCCCUCUGAAAGACCUGGCUUUGUGGGAAGAUCAGCUUGGGAAGGAAGCUGAUAGUUCUCAGGAGCCCAGGCCCAGCCUGAAGAAGUCCCACUCAAGCCCAUCCCUGCACCAGGAUGAGGCCCCCACCACAGCCAAGGUGAAACGUAACAUCUCAGAGCGCAGAACCUACCGGAAGAUCAUUCCCAAGAGGAACCGCAAUCAGCUGUGACGCUGUCGCCCCCUCAGAUGCUGACUGCGGGGUAGACCUGAGAUGCAGCCUUAUGUGCCAGGACCAUGGUGAAGGAUGAGGCAUCUGUGCCUCU